UAUGGGAGGUGGUCGAUAUUAUUUGAAGAAGUAACUAGAACUGACAAUGGGAACUACACCUGCCUCGUAUGCAAUGAGUUAGGCUGUAUCAGCAAUACAUUUGUUCUUACGGUAGUUGAUCGUUACCCCUCAAGGCCUUAUAUUAAAGACGGAUAUCCAGGGAACAUAACAGCUAUGGUUAACGAUACCAUACAAUUUUCUUGUCCGACUACAACCGAUCUUGAACCUUAUUUAUACUGGGUUAAGGUUUAUGAUAAUUUCACUAUUACGGACAAAGGACUGUUACAACCAACUAUACCGGGAUUUGAAAUAAAGAGCGAUAACCCCGCAGACGAUCUUGGGACACUCACUGUUGCCAACGUGACCCUAUCGGACCGAGGAUGGUACGGCUGUGUCGCAAUGAACAGUCUUGGAACUGCCACGGCCAUGGGGUACUUGACAGUCUUGGAAAAAGUUUGUAAAUGCGCCGAUUAAUAUACCAAGAGGGCUAAAGGUGACA